AUGGCUACCAGAACUCCUGAAUCAACACGAGCGCUGGUCAUUAAGAAGUGCUCCGCGGAAGCAACGCCUGUCUAUCAUCAUGCUGUCCUGGAGACACGCCCACUGCAGCAACUAAAACAAGGGGAAGUCCUUGUGAAAAUGGGAGCUGUGUCAUUCAACCAUCGAGACCUUUGGAUACGCCUUGGUCAAUACCCCGGAAUCAACUUUGGAAGUGCCUUCGGUGCUGAUGGAGCAGGCACGGUAAUUGCAUCGGCGGAUUCAAAUGACGCACUCCUGAACAAACGCGUCUUCCUGACACCCAUGCGAGGUUGGGAAAGCAAACAAGAUGCGCCGGAAACGGAUUUCGGAAUCCUUGGGGGUGGCCGCAACCCUCCGUUAGGAACGUUUUCCGAAUACAUUGUGGUGGAAAGAAAUCAGGUUAUUCGUUCUCCAGAUCAUCUUGAUGAUAUUCAAGUCUCUGCUUGGCCCCUUGGUGGCCUAACUGCUUGGAGAGCUGCGAUUGUCAAUGCUGAAGCAUCCAAAGACCAGAAUAUUCUUAUUACCGGAAUAGGUGGAGGAGUAGCGCUUCUUGCCAUGCAACUAUGUCUAGCCAGAGGCGCUAAUGUCUAUGUUACGAGUGGUAGCGAGGAAAAAAUUAGGAAAGCAACUGCUCUUGGAGCCAAGGGCGGAGUGAACUAUAAAUUAAAGGAUUGGCCAUCGCAUCUUGUUGCCCUUCUGGCAAAGAAUAGCGGAAAAUCUGCGAAGAUUGAUGCAGUUCUUGACUCUGGCGGUGGAGACAUUAUCACACGAGUGAACAGUGUCUUAAAGCAGGGCGGCAAAGUUGUGGUCUAUGGGAUGACCGCAAAUCCCCAAAUCAAGUUCACCAUGCGAGAGGUGCUCAAGAAUCAGCGGCUUAUCGGUUCGACAAUGGGCUCCCUCAAGGAUCUCACAGACGCAACAACGUUUAUGUCAGAGCAUCGCAUUGUCCCAGUGGUGUCCCAUGUCCUCGAAGGACUUGAAGCUGCAGAAGAAGGCUUCGAGCUCAUGAAGCGCGGGGAUCAGUUUGGCAAAAUUGUCAUUCGGAUUAACGACAAGGCCAAAGCCAAGUUAUGA